AUGUUGUCGCUAUACACUGCAGAUGGAACCUUUGGAAUUUGUAAUCAUCAGCUGAUAGCACACUUCAAGGUUCCGUAUGCACGGAACAGCAAACACACGCCUCAAAGCAAACCCUUCGAGCCCCAGAUAAAUGACACGUAUACGGUGGUGUACCAUGUGGGGGGGCGUGUGGGCUUCUUCCAAGGGGACAUCAAACUCCUGCCAGACGACAUGAAAACGCUGAAGCCCACCAUCUUCCCUGUGGUGCCACGACUGCUCAACAGGGUGUAUGACAAGGUUCAGAGUGGAGCCCAGAGCCCGUUUAAGAAGUGGCUGCUGAACUUUGCCGUGGAGAGGAAGAUUGCGGAGGUGAGACGGGGCAUCGUGAGGAACGACAGCAUCUGGGACCGCCUCAUCUUCCACAAAGUUCAGGAGUCUCUUGGAGGUUGUGUGCGUAUCUUGGUGACUGGAGCUGCCCCCAUCUCCCCCAGUGUCCUCAACUUCCUCAGAGCCUGUUUGGGGUGUCAGAUCUUUGAAGCCUACGGUCAGACCGAGUGCACUGCAGGCUGCACCUUUGCUGUCCCUGGAGACUGGACCUCAGGGCACGUGGGGGCUCCCAUUCCCUGUAAUGUGGUGAAGCUGGUGGAUGUGGAGGAGAUGAACUACUUUGCCUCCAAUGGAGAGGGAGAGGUGUGUGUGAAGGGCAAGAAUGUGUUUGUGGGGUACUUGAAGGACCCAGAGAAGACGGCCGAAGCCCUGGAUUCAGAAGGCUGGCUCCACACGGGAGACAUCGGAAAAUGGCUUCCGAGUGGCGUUCUGAAGAUCAUCGACCGCAAGAAGAACAUCUUCAAGCUGGCUCAGGGCGAGUACAUCGCUCCCGAGAGGAUCGAGAACGUCUACGUGCGCAGCAGCCCCGUCGCACAGGUGUUUGUGCACGGCGACAGCCUACAGUCGUUUCUGGUGGCAGUCGUGGUGCCGGACCCAGAGGUUCUGCCGGGCUUCGCAGAGAAGCUGGGGGUCAGUGGAUCCUUGGAGGAGCUGUGUAAAAAACAGGAAGUGAAAAAAGCCAUCCUAUCAGAUCUCCUCCGGCUAGGCAAAGAGGCGGGCCUCAAGUCUUUUGAGCAGGUGAAAGACCUCCACCUCCACCCAGAGCAGUUCACCAUUGAGAACGGCUUCCUCACGCCCACCCUGAAGGCCAAGAGAGCCGACCUCACCAAGUUCUUCAAGCCGCAGAUCGACAGCAUCUACUCCCGUCACCAGUAACUCCAGCAGGAACUCCAGGAGGAACUCCAUGAAGAACACUCACACUUUGUUUGUCAAUAAAACACACUUUUAGACCAA